AUGGAGCUCAGUAAAUUGACCCUUGAGAUCUUCUCCAAACUGGAGCAGAAAUGGCUCUCUCACUGCAAAGUCACAAACAAAACCCGCAUUCUCAGUAUUGACGGCGGAGGAACCACAGCCAUUGUUGCCGGCGCUUCUCUCAUCCACCUCGAGGAUCAGAUCCGUCUCCAGACGUCCGAUCCCCACGCUCAGAUUGCUGAUUUCUUCGACAUCGUCGCCGGUACCGGCAUUGGCGCUCUCCUGGCCGCCAUGAUCACCGCAGCAGAUGCCUUCGGCAGGCCUCUCUACACUGCCAGAGACGCCGUCCGUCUCGUUACGGAGAGGAACUCCGAACUUUACAAGCUCAAAUCCGUCGGAAUAUUUCGCCGGCGCCGGAGAUUCUCUUCCAGGAGCAUGGAUAACGUGCUGAAGCAAGUGUUCCAGAGAAAGGACAACGGACGGUUGUUGACCUUGAAAGACACGUGUAAACCUCUUCUUAUCCCUUGCUUUGACCUCAAGAGUUCGGCGCCAUUCGUGUUUUCUCGAGCCGAUGCGUCCGAAUCUCCGAGCUUCAACUUCGAGCUCUGGAAGGUAUGCCGCGCAACCUCGGCGACACCGAGCAAUUUCGAGCCCUUCCACUUCACUUCCGUCGACGGAAAGACCACCUGCUCCGCCGUGGACGGCGGCCUGGUAAUGAACAACCCUACGGCAGCGGCCGUCACGCACGUUCUCCACAACAAGCGCGAUUUCCCGUCUGUGAACGGCGUGGAGGAUCUCUUUGUCCUUUCCUUGGGAAACGGAUCUUCGAACGCGAAGGCAUGCGAGGACCGCGGUUGCUCAACGUCGUCGGUGGUUGACAUUGUGCUCGACGGUGUUUCCGAGACGAUUGACCAGAUGUUGGGGAACGCCUUCUGCUGGAACCGUACGGACUACGUCAGAAUCCAGGCGUUUGGUUUGGGAAAUGAAGCAAUGAGGAAGGAUAUAGUGAAGGAAGAGGAGGAGGUGCUGAAAGAGAGGGGACUGGAGUCGUUACCGUUUGGCGGGAAGCGGUUACUGACGGAGACUAACGGAAACAGAAUCGAUAACUUCGUGCAACGUCUUGUUGCUACCGGAAAACCCAGCCCGCCGUCUAGUCCCUGCAAGGAUUCCGCCGUCACUCCUCUUUCUAACGGCCGCUAG